AUGCCAGCACUUCGCGAUCCCCCUCGCCACGACACAUCUCCUCCAUUCCUAAACAAUCCCGUCCUUGAGAGGGUCCAGUCGCAGUGGCUAUUCACCCCUGAAGAACUGUUGCGAAGCCCAAGUCUUCUGGAGGGCAUGCCCCUCGAACAAGAGCUGGCAAACCGGCAAAAGGGCGUCAACUUCAUAACUCAAGUGGGAAUCAUGUUGAAGUUGCCACAACUCACUCUCGCAACGGCGUCGGUAUACCUCCAUCGGUUUUUCAUGCGCCAUGCAAUGGUCCAGAAUAACAAACCUGGGUAUCACCAUUAUUCAAUUGCCGCCACUGCCAUAUUCCUCGCCACCAAAGUUGAGGAAAAUUAUAGAAAGAUGAGAGAGCUGGUCGUUGCAUGCUGCAGAGUGGCCCAGAAGCAGCCUAAUCUUGUUGUGGACGAACAAAGCAAAGAAUACUGGAAAUGGAGGGACACUAUAUUGCACAACGAGGAUCUAUUGCUAGAGGCACUUUGCUUCGACUUGCAACUUGAGCAGCCUCAUCGUAUCCUCCUCGAUCUCAUGCGGUUCUACGACAUCCAGGAAAACAAACAGCUUCGCAACGCUUCCUGGGCCUUCGUGAACGAUUCACUCAUCACCACGCUCUGCCUUCAACUGAGUCCACGCGUCAUCGCCGGCAGUGGCUUAUAUAUGGGUGUUAAGGUGGCCGGUGUGGCCCUUCCAGACGACGAAAGAGGAAGGGCUUGGUGGGAACAGCUGGGUAUUGAUCUUCGGGAUAUUCAGAAAGGAUGCAAUUUACUGGCCGAGGUCUACGAAAACCCUGCACUACCGAGACAAGGCCAAAAGGAUACCUAUGUUCGAGAUGACGAUCUCGCAAUAUUUGAAAAAACAAGGUUGGCUGUCACUCCACAACCUGGUCGGUCGCCCACGACCAGUGCAGGAAGUGGCAGUCAGGGGACAAAACGCGAACGAGAGAUGGGGGAGGAUGCAAACUCCGGAGAAUGGGGAUCGACGGCGCUGCCAAGGCCAGACUCACAGCGGCCACCGUCACCCAAGAGGCCGCGCCAUGACUCGCGGGAUCAGAGCGAGGACGUGCCAGACCGACAUUCGGGACAAAGGCCAGCGAUGGAGAAUGGUAGGGCAUAUGGGGAGCCGCGAGCAGGUGUUGAUGAUUUGCAGAAGCGUAUUGAUGAUAUCGUCAACGCUGCCGCCCCAUCAUCGAGACGACCACAUGCAAACCUAUCAAGACGACCAUCGAACCAGCCAACACAUCAAGGAGAUCCAUCGAGACGACCAUCGUCUUCCAGCUCGACUUGGCACGGACCUCCAUCGACUCACAAGGAUGGCCCUCCAAACGGCGUUGACGACUUCGAUGAUGCUGAAAAGGUUGAUUAUGGCAGCGAAGAGGGUGAAUUAUGA